UUGGAAAAUGGCGGGGAAGCUGAAACCUCUGAAUGUGGAGGCGCCAGAAGCCGCUGAGGAGGCUGAAGGGCAAGCCAAGUCUUUGAAGACUGAAGACUUGCUGGCAAUGGUGAUAAAGCUGCAGAAAGAGGGAAGUCUGGAGCCACAGAUAGAGAACCUGAUUAACCGGAUUAACGAGCUUCAGCAAGCAAAGAAGAAAUCCAGUGAGGAACUGAGAGAGACCCACACUCUCUGGGAGACCCUGCAUAGGGAAUUAGACUCCUUGAAUGGAGAGAAAGUGCACCUAGAGGAGGUCUUGAGCAAAAAGCAAGAGGCACUCAGGAUCCUCCAGAUGCACUGCCAAGAGAAGGAAAGUGAGGCUCAGAGGUUGGAUGUCAAAGGACAGCUGGAGGAUCUGACGGGCCAGCACAAGGACCUAUGGGAAUUCCACAUGCUGGAGCAGCGACUGGCCCGGGAGAUCCGUGCCCUGGAGAGGAGCAAGGAGCAGCUGCUCUCGGAGAGGAGGCUGGUGCGCGCCAAGCUGCGGGACGUGGAGCUGCGGCUGCGCUCGCCGCCUGAGGUCGAGGGCGCCAGGGCGGUGAAUGACGGGCUGAAGGCGGAGCUGGAGAUACUCGGUGAGCAGGUCCAGAGCGCCCCCGAGGUCGGGGCCGGCGAGGGAGAGGCCGGACCUGAGCUCCCCCGCGCCCGCGAUGAGGCGGAUCCGGAGCCGCCAGUGGCUGCCCCUGACGCCCCCUAGGCCAGCAGGACCCGCCCGGUCCCGACCCUCCCUCGCUACCGGCCAAGAAAUAAAGGCGAUAAUUUCCGACC